AUGGCUAAGGAAAAUCAAACUACACUGCCUGAAUUCCUCCUUCUGGGAUUCUCUGACCUCAGGGCCCUGCAGUGCCCCCUCUUCUGGGUGGUGCUUCUGGUCUACCUGGUCACCUUGCUGGGCAACUCCCUGAUCAUUCUCCUCACGCAGGCCAGCCCUGCCCUGCACUCACCCAUGUACUUCUUCCUACGCCACCUCUCAGUGGUGGAGCUCCUCUACACCACUGACAUUGUGCCCAGGACCCUGGCUGACCUCACCUCCCCACAGCCCCGGGCUAUCUCCUUCCAGGGCUGUGCAGCCCAGAUGUACGUCUUCAUUGUCCUGGGCAUCUCGGAGUGCUGCUUGCUCACGGCCAUGGCCUACGACCGCUACGCCGCCAUCUGCAGGCCCCUGCACUACUCCAGUCUCAUGAGCCGGCGGGCUUGCGUGGCCAUGGUGGGCACCUCCUGGCUCAUGGGCAUUGUCACAGCCACCACCCAUUCCACCCUCAUCUUCACUCUGCCUUUCCCCAGUCACCCAAUCAUCCCACACUUCCUCUGUGACAUCCUGCCUGUAUUGAGGCUGGCAAGUGCUGGGAAGCACAGGAGUGAGAUCUCCGUGAUGACAGCCACCGUGGUCUUCAUCAUGGUCCCCUUCUCUCUGAUUGUCACCUCUUACGCCUGCAUCCUAAGUGCCAUCCUGGCAAUGGCCUCCACCCAGAGACGCCACAAGGUCUUCUCUACCUGCUCCUCCCACCUGCUGGUGGUCUCCCUCUUCUUUGGGACGGCCAGCAUCACCUACAUUCGGCCCCACGCAGGCUCCUCUGUCACCACAGACCGCGUGCUCAGUCUCUUCUACACAGUCCUCACACCCAUGCUCAACCCCAUUAUCUACACUCUUAGGAACAAGGAGGUGACAGGGGCCCUGCAACACAUGGUGAAGAGGCAGGUCCCCUCACCCUAA